AUAUGAAUUAUUCAGUAGGCACUAUUAGAAUGGGUGUGGCUAAACUGCUGUAGGCUGAAUGGGUGUUUGGGUUUUUUCUUUGCGCUUCUCCGCUGUCCAAUCUGGCAACCGUGCUGGCAGGUCAGCGCUUCCGCAGAGAGAGCGCAGGUGAACUCAGAGCCGGAGCUUCGCCACCGAACCGCGGACAGGAAUUCCCCGAGAUCAGCCCAGAAAACAGGGCUUAGUGUUAGAGAAACGGAGCAGGUUCUCCGGUAAACCCCCUCCGCGCAUCUCUGGCAACCAGACGAGGAAGAGCGAGAAAACAGCGAGCAGAGAAGAUCAGACAUGGGAGCUCGGAGGGGUUAAGCUCACACCUGCCCGCUCCAGAAGCAGAAAGAGGAGGAGAGAGGAUUCCCUGGCGCCGUAGUCAUGGCGCACGACGACCGCAUGGCCAUUCUGGCGGACGAAGAAGAUGAGGAGCAGAAAAGGAGCGAUGCUCUUUCUCAGCGUUUUAAUCGGCUCUCGCUGGAGGUCCAGGACCAAACCAAACCUACUGACCCUGACCCAGCAAUACUGACCCCAGAUUCACAGCAUGAGCUGAACUGCUGUGAGCGACUGUGUCUCCGGAUCAACCGGCACCUCCUCGUCUCCAAAGUGUUCUACUUCUUCUUCUACGCUGCCUACGGCUCGCUGCACCCCCUGCUGGCUGUUUACUAUAAGCAGUUGGGGAUGACCCCCAGCCACAGUGGCUUGCUGGUGGGGAUCAGGUACUUCAUCGAGUUCUGCAGCGCCCCCUUUUGGGGCGUGGUGGCCGACCGCUACAGGAAGGGAAAAGUUGUGUUGUUGUUUUCUGUUUUCUGCUGGUUGAUGUUUAACUGCGGGAUUGGCUUUGUGAAACCAGCGGCCAUGAGCUGUAGGCUGGAGAAACCCAUGAUGACCACCACUUUAAGCCCAACUUUAGCUUCCACUAAUGGGACUUUAGCUCCAGCUAUAGCUACCAGAAAUGAGACUUUAGCCUCAACUGUAGCUUCCACCAAUGGGACUUCAGCCUCAACUAUAGCUUCCACCAAUGGGACUUCAGCCUCAACUAUAGCUUCCACCAAUGGGACUUCAGCCUCAACUGUAGCUUCCACCAAUGGGACUUCAGCCUCAACUGUAGCUUCCACCAAUGGGACUUCAGCCUCAACUGUAGCUUCCACCAGCAGCACUUUAGGCCCAAUUGUGGCUUCCACCAUUGGGACAGGAACAGUCCAGCCACUUAACACCUCAUCCAAUCACACUAGGCAGCGACGAGAUCUGAUUGGACAUCCUGCCAGAUUGUCUCUGUUGUCUUCCAAUCAGAAACUGGGCUACAGCUCUCAGCGCUGGUUCAAACGAGAUAUUAAUGUUAGCCUUAGCAUGGUUUCUGACCAGAACCUGAGCUCUACCACACGUCCUCAGUCCAGCACCACACCUCGACCACCCCUGAACACCACCACAGCUCCAUCACAUCACACCACCAAACCGCCGGAAUAUGUCAUUGACUUCAACCCUGACCAGGUUGAGGCCAUCUUCCUCCUCAUUCUGUUGGUCAUCAUCAUCGGGGAGUUCUUCAGUGCACCUGCAGUCACGAUCGUGGACACGGUCACUCUGCAGUAUCUGGGUCCGCACCGUGACCGCUACGGCCUGCAGAGGAUGUGGGGUUCGCUGGGCUGGGGUUUGGCCAUGCUCUUCGUGGGCAUCUGGAUCGACCACACACACAUGGUGUACAUCAUCGAUGGUAUAGUUGGCUGCGUUCUGCCCGACUAUAAAAACUACCAGAUCGCCUUUAUCGUUUUCGGGGUGCUGAUGGCGAUGGCCCUGAUCGUGGCCACACAGUUCCAGUUUGACCUCCGAAGGCUGGAGGAGUGCGAUGGGAGCGGCAACCAGGAAUCCCAGAGCAGUGUGCCAUCUUCAGACAGGACCGAGGGCACCGAGCCCCCUGGUGGUCAGGAGUUCCGCUACCUGGAGCUGCUGCGGCUCCUUUGUGGCGUUCGCUACAGCACGGUUCUGUUCGUGGCCUGGUUCAUGGGCUUUGGCUACGGAUUCGUCUUCACGUUCCUCUACUGGCACCUCGAGGACCUGAAAGGGACCCCCACGCUGUUCGGGGUGUGUUCCGUCCUGAGCCACGUGUCGGAGCUGGCCGCCUACUUCACCAGCCACAAACUCAUCGAACUGGUGGGGCACAUCAGGGUUCUGUACAUUGGGCUGGCUUGUAACACUGCCCGCUACCUUUACAUCUCCUACCUGCAGAAUGCCUGGACUGUGCUGCCCAUGGAGGUGCUACAAGGUGUGACCCAUGCAGCUGUGUGGGCAGCAUGUAUCUCCUACCUGAGCGCUGCCGUCCCUCCCGCUCUUCGCACCUCCGCCCAGGGCAUCCUACAGGGUCUCCACCUUGGCCUGGGCAGAGGCUGCGGCGCCAUGGUGGGCGGAGUCUUUGUCAACUACUUCGGCCCUGCGGAGACGUUCAGAGGGAUCGGAAUGGCCUCUCUGGUCAUUCUGCUACUCUUCGCCUUCAUCCAGCACGUCACUGAGAAGAGCGACACGGAAGACAAGAUGCUUGCAGAGAACAUCCCAGUCCCAUCCAGUCCAGUUCCAAUAGCAACCAUAGACCUUGUCCAGAACCAGGAGGCUGAGACUCCUCCUGUCUGGCAGGAGCCCAAACUUCCAGCGCGGAAAACGCGACACCAGGAGGACCAGGAAGAUGUGAAUAAACCAGCGUGGGCCCUCAGCGUGUCGCCGUGGGUUACCAUCGCCUUCGCCUUAGUCCAGAUCAAAGAGGUGGUCCUCAUGAUGAGGACACAGCCACUCACUGAAGUCCAGCCCCUACAGGACGUAAAUGAGCCUUCUCCAGACUCCCAGGAUGAGGACUUAACCCCCAGGAGUCCCGUUAGUGCUGCCCAGCCGGAAGGCUCUCCCAGCAGUCUGCACUCCCUGCCGGACAGGGGGUCCCUGGAGAACUGAGCAGCACAGCUGGCCGCCCCGUCAGAGCCCAAACAGGCCGCAGUCGACCUUGUCCUUCCACCUGAGCUUGAAUCCAACUCUGAAACUCGUUUGGUUGAAGACGAACUUUUUAAUAAUUGUAUAUUUUAAAAUAUCGACUAUUUAGUGUAUCAUAAACAUAGCACAUGGUGUAGAACAGCACCUUGCGACAUUUUCUGAUUUUUAGUGUGAUUAAAUUAUUUUCUGUA